AUGCCUCCUGAUGUCCAGGCUUCCCACUCCUUUUGGGCCCUAUCGUUUCCGGCCGCGCGCUUCUAGAACACCAGGACCCAGGUUACUUGAGCGGCGAGUGGGACUGGUUCUGCUCCUCCCACCGCCGCAGCAGUCUGUCUCACCAUAUCCCUAGUGCGAGAACUCUCCUAGUCCAGAGACAUUUCCUGUUCAUCAAAUUCGAGUGCACUUGAAAUCUUUAAAAAGGACUGGAGUAUAGCUUGGCAGCUGUGUCUUACUCCAUGCGUCUCAGUUUGCUCACUUGCAAAACGAUAACUGACUACCUGCCCUCCCUCAUACCGUUUCUGUGACCUGAGAACGAAUGGGCCGUCUUGAUAUAUUCUAGAAACUCAAGAGGAGGGGCAGAAGGAGGAAUGGGAAGACCAGAUGGUAUAGGACCUUGUAGGCCUUUGGCUACAAAGGGGAACCAAGACACUGAUUUGUUGGAUGAGCAGACACCUCUGGAAGAAUCAGCUGUGUGAGAUGGUGCAGCCCAGUGGUGGCCCAGCAGGGGACCAGGACGUGCUGGGUGAAGAGUCUUCUCUGGGAAAGCCGGCCAUGCUACAUCUGCAUUCAGAGCAGGGUAUCCCUGAGACCCUCCAGCGCUGUCUGGAGGAGAAUCAAGAGCUUCGAGAUGCCAUCCAGCAGAGCAACCAGAUGCUACGGGAGCGCUGUGAGGAGCUGCUACAUUUCCAAGUCAGCCAGAGGGAGGAGAAGGAGUUCCUCAUGUGCAAAUUUCAGGAGGCCAGGAAGUUGGUGGAGAGACUGAGCCUGGAGAAGCUGGACCUGAGGAGGCAGAGAGAGGAGGCCCUGCAGGAGGUGGAGCAUCUGAAGUUAUGUCAGCAGCAGAUGGCUGAGGACAAGGCCUCUGUGAAAGCCCAGGUGACAUCCUUGCUGGGGGAGCUCCAGGAGAGCCAGAGUCGCUUGGAGGCUGCCACCAAGGAACGGCAGGCUUUGGAGGGCAGGGUGCGGGCGGCCAGUGAGCAGGCCAGGCAGCUGGAGAGUGAACGGGAGGCACUGCAGCAGCAGCACAGUGUGCAGGUGGACCAGCUGCGCAUGCAGAGCCAGAGUGUGGAGGCCGCCCUGCGCAUGGAGCGCCAGGCUGCCUCAGAGGAGAAGAGGAAACUCGCCCAAUUGCAGGUAGCCUAUCACCAGCUCUUCCAAGAAUAUGACAACCACAUCAAGAGUAGCAUGGGAAUGCAACUGGAGGAUCUCAGGCAGCAGCUCCAGCAGGCUGAGGAGGCCCUGGUGGCCAAGCAGGAAGUGAUUGACAAACUAAAGGAGGAGGCCGAGCAGCACAAGAUUGUGAUGGAGACUGUACCAGUCCUCAAGGCCCAGGCGGAUAUCUACAAGGCAGACUUCCAAGCUGAGAGGCAGGCCCGGGAGAAGCUGGCCGAGAAGAAAGAGCAUCUACAGGAGCAGCUGGAGCAGCUGCAGCGGGAGUAUAGCAAGCUGAAGGCCAGCUGCCAAGAAUCAGCCAGGAUUGAGGAUAUGAGGAAGCGGCAUGUAGAGGCCUCCCAGCCCCCUUUACCCCCUGCCCCAGCUCACCACUCCUUUCACUUGGCCCUGUCCAACCAGAGGAGAAGCCCCCCUGAGGAACCACCUGACUUCUGUUGUCCCAAGUGCCAGUAUCAGGCUCCUGAUAUGGACACCCUACAGAUACACGUCAUGGAGUGCCUUGAGUAGGGCAGUGGAUGCAAGACUGCCUGCAGAUGCCACGCCCAGGACAAUGCAACAUGUGCUUUCCUCUCCCCCCUGCCUAAUUCAGAAUCAAGGGCUUGGUGGAUAAGACCAGGUCCUAGGAGCUAGCUGCAGAGCUGUUGCUGAAGCCAUUUGUUCUGCAGGUUCACCUCUUUGAGGGAAGAUGGAGCCUGAGUCAGGCCUUAUUCUCUGUUCUUUCCUUCUGUCCUAUCUGCCUGAACUGCUUGUCUCUGGUAGCUAAUCCCUCCUUCCUUUCCCAUCUCUGCAGAGAGGUUAGAGUGGGCCAGGGGCUCUCAGGGAGAACCACUUUUCCUUCCAUUGGCUACUGACUUGCUGACUCUGUGCUCCAGCCUCUCUUCCUGGGCCCUGUGGUAGUCCACUUUGCAGCUGUACCAGGGUUGGUUUAAGCAGUUGCUAUUGGCGGCGUGUGGGUUGUUUCUGGUGCAGUGAAAAUGCUUGUGUACUAAUCAUGUGUGUCUUGGCCAGGGAGUGGUUGGGCAGUCCUUUGUGUUUCUGCCACCUGCUGGGCAUGCUGCUCUCCACUAAGAGUGAGCUUAAGCAUAUUUUCCAAAGGUUAUGGACCUUUUUAAAUUCCUCUUCUGUGAAUGGGCUGUGCAUGUCUUUUAUCAGUUCUCCUACUGGAUUUUCACUUUUUGUUCCUCAUGUUUUAGGAGCUCUUUUGUCAUUAGCAAGAUUAGCUCUUGUCUGUGACUGAAAGUGCAUGUUUCUUUUCCCCUUUGAUUUUGCCACUGUUGUGUUCUGGCCUUGAAUGUUUUUUAUUUUACAUUGUCACAUUAUCCUUUUCCCCCUUUCACUGUUUUGGGUUUGAAGUUGUGAGCACUUUGUGGUCUGAUGGAUGCUUCACACACAUAUACUUUCACAUACUUUCCUCUUUCUAACACCAAAGUGUGCUCUUGUCUUUACCAAGCAGUUAUUCCCCAGUGUAAAUGAUGGUGGUUGUGGUUCAUCACAUUCUAGAAGUGUCUGAUGCCAUGUCCUACAUCAGCCCCAGAUUCCUUGGCCUUACAGAUGGAAGCCAGUUGACAAUGAUUGCAGAUGAGGAAGAGCAUUUGUUUUUGUAAGGUUUGGAUAUUUCCUAGGAUGUCAAAGCCAUAGGAACUAACUCUGCAAUCUAGUAAAGGAAAGGAAGCUGGAAAUUGAGAAAGACUUCAGAAUCUGUGCAUCACUCACUCCUCAGGCCUGGGCCCUCCUUCCAAGAGCCCUCCAAGCUCCCUGGUUAGGAACAAGAUGUAGUUCUAUUCCUGGACUUUUUCACAGGGUAUUCUGCUCUUUGACAGUGAGAAGAAUGACUAGAACUAGGAUAUUAGGACUUUAAAAAGUUAACCUGAGGGGCUGGAGUUGUGACUCAGUGGUAGAGCACUUCCGUGGCAUGUGUGAGGCCCUGGUUUGAUACUCAGCAUCACAUAUAAAUAAAUAAAAUAAAAGAUCUGUUUGACAACUAAAAAUAUCUUUUAAAACUUAGCCUGAGCUGGGAACUUUCUCAGCCUCUACAGGGGAUGGACUUUCCUAAAGCCCGCAUGUCUAUUACACAAUACUUUGGGGAAAUGUUAAAGGCACAGACAGGUUCUCUGCUCAUGGGUACUGCACUUAAAUCCUACUCCUAUAACUUUUCUAUAAAAGCACUAUUUUGUUUCGUUUGUUUUGGAGUGGGGUAUGAGUUUCCGGUGGUUACUGUAACAAAUCACCGCAAACUUGGUGGCAUUAAGACAACAAAACUCAUUCUUUCAUUUCUUGGAAGCCAGAUGCCUGAAGUCAAGCUGUUUUUUCUGAGCUCUGGGAAUAGGUUCUGGGCCUGUCUCCUAGCUUCUGGUAGUUGAUGACAUUUCUUGCCUUGUACACCCAUUGCUCCCAUCUCUGCCUCUGUGUCACAUGGCCUCCUCUGUGUUUUCUAUUUUAAGGAUACCAGAUAUUGUAGGUGGGGUCCAUCUGGAUAAUCCAGGAUGAUCUCCUCAUCUUGACAUCCCUACUUUCACUACACCUGUAAAGACCCCUUUCCCAAGUAAGGUUAUGUUCACAAGUUACUGGAAUUUGGACUUGUACUUAACCUUUUUGGAGUCACCAUUCAACCCAGACUGGGAAUAUCUGAUUCAGAGCUCAUAGAUUAGGGCAAAUCAGCCCAAAGGCAGGUAACUCUAAGACCUGCAGGUCUGCUAGCAGGACUUGGUCCCCAAGGUGGGGGUAGCCACCAGGCUGUAGAAUUUGGUGUGGAUCAGCUAUGGGGACAUCUUGUCUCCAGGUGGACACCAUGGCCAGGGCCAGCAGAUAUGGCUGGGAGAGGCAGGUAAGGUAGGUUGUAGUAGGACCAUCUGUGCCCAGGGUGGUUGCCACUAACUGUGUAAGGAUGGGCUUCAUGCCUCUUGGAAGGUGAACAGAGGUGUGUAGGAGCUCCUCCCUGAUGAGCACCCUCUUCUGAAAGGGGCUUAGAAAGAAGGUGAGACCCAGGGGCACUGAGGAACUUUUCAGCAUGGGUUUGCACAGCAGUUACCUGCAAGCUUGAAAAACACCCUGACCUGGGCCCCCUGCACGGGUUGAGUCAGAAUUAGAAUGGGACCAGGCAUUGGUUGGGACUCAGUACCUUUCUCAGAGGCCGAGCGCCCUUGUUACCUGCCUACCCCUUAGUGCUGUGCCGGUUUAGCCACACAUUAGACACCAAGGGUUUUGAAUCCCACUAUUUGCCCAGACAUAGGGCAUUUUACUUUCUUCUUAUCUAUGUAGCCUUACUUAGGUUGAGCUUUUGGAACAACUAUUUGUGUUCCUCCCAUGAGGGAACCAGCCUGCCUUAUUAGCCUAGGCCCAUACAUCCAGACAGCUAGAAAUAUGUUCCACUCAGUACCCAUGUCAUUACCCUGUUGCUUAGGCAUGUGUCCCCUCCUCUCUUGCCAAAGUCCAAGGGAAAUCCAGAUGACCAGUAAGCAGAGUACAAGAGUAUUCCUCUGUACUAGUAACCAAACAACAUGGGCACAAAUAGUAAGCAAAAAUGGUAUCACAAUAGCAACAGAUGCAGUUGUGUGUAUAGAGCCUUGCUGAAAAGGUGUGUGACAGGCCUUGUGGUGGCAGUCCUUAUGAGGGGGAUGUUUGGUGAGAUGAAGCAAGCCCUUGGAAAGCAUCCUUAGCCUUCCUCACCCUAAGACAACAUCUUGUGCAUUAGAGAGGUUCUUGUGGCACCAUGGUCUGUGGCUACCAGUGGCCCAUAGAGCCAGCGUUUUGAACAUCUUGCACAUGGGCUGUCCUCUAUAGUAUGUUGGUGUGGAAAGGCCAGGGGACAAAGUUAUGUACAAUGUGUGAAAUGCAGCAAAAACUCCAAGCGUGCAUCCUGCUGUCUUUGGAUGAAUAUAGUAGUGAAUCACCAGUAAUGAAAAGGUUUUCUUCCCCAGUCACUCCCUGUUGUUACAUGUCUCCCUUUGUGUCAGUGUCCUCUCUAUAGGGAUACGAGUGUCAAAGAGAUGGGCAGACAGUCAUUAAAGUUGUGACAAUAGGGGGAAAGAGCUGAGCUCUGUGCCAAUCUGCAGAGGUGACUUUGUUGGAAGGGAGACUCAGGCCAGAGCAACAUGAGAGGCCUGAGUGUGAAGCUGCAGCCAACAAGAUGAAUGACAACUGGCUGUGGAGGGGAGGAGGAGGAAUUCAGGACGACUCCUGGACUUCUGGUUUACACAACUGGGUAUGCUGGGCCAUCUGCCAAGACUGGGACAAGGGAAAGGAAGAUCAGAUUUAGGGGAGGGCUUCGAAGUCCACUUUGGCUUCAGCCAGGCUCAGUGUGAAAUCCUCCUGAAUCCCUUCAUCUUUUUCCUGGACUAUUAUGGUGAAACCCUCACAGAUUUCACAUGAGACUGCAGGCUCUCCAAUCUGUUCCUACACAGUGACCAGGGUGAUCUGGUAAACCUGUAUUUCUACUUUGCUUAAUAUCCAGUGGCUUUCCGUUACUCCUCUUUUGGUACUAGAAGGUUGAACCCAGGGUUGUUCUACCACUGAGCCACAUCCACAGCCCCUUUUUAUUAUUUUUUAAAUUUUGAGACAAGAUCUGCUAAGUUGCUGAGAUUGGCCUUGAACUUGCCAUCCUCUUGCCUCAGCCUCCUGAGUAGCUUUCUCUUACUCUUGAGACCUAGGUUCCAUUCCUAGCCUUAUGCUACUUUGACCUCAAUUCAUGUCCCUCUCCUGCUGGCCCAGUCAUACCAUGCUGUCCUUUUUUCCCCCUUUCCUCAAACACAACAACACUUCUGUGUCUUAAGGCCUUUGUACCUGUUGUCCUCUCUGCCAGGAAGGACUCUUCCCCCUAAUCUUUGUGUGACUGCCUACUUUUCAUCAUUCAGCUCUGAGUGUAAACAUCACCUCCUUCAUCUGAAGUUUCCAUCCUAGAUCACAUUGCCCUGGUUUAAUUCUCUGCCAGACAGUUAAACUGACCUGUUUUUCUGUUUUGUUUCUGCUCUCCCCCCAUUAGAGGCCUCAUCCGUCCUAGUGUGGCAGUAUCCCUAGAACAGUGCUCAGCACAGAGUGACCGUGCAUGUUUAUUGAUGGCAUGAACUUUUUUUCACAGUUCAUCAGUAUUGCUCUGUUAAUAUUUUUGUGGACAUCACCUGUCACCAUAAAGGGUGGUUGGUGGAAUUUACUACAUUAAUACAAUAGAAACUAUAGCACUGAAAACCAGUUUUAGGCAUUGGGAUGACUACUUUGGGGGGGACUUCUUAUAAACAUUGAAUAGGCAAGAACACACAAUCUGAGACCACAUGGACACGUCCCACACUGCCGCUCCCUUAAUCUCUCUGAGCCUUGGUCCCUCAGUUGAAAACAGGCUGGAUACUGCUGUCUGUAUGCUGUAGAGCUACUGAAGAGGCAAUGGAAUGCACUUAGGGCAGGGCCCGACCCAAGGUAGAAGGGAGAACUGUGAAAACCACUCUAGUUUAGGUGGUUCCCCAAACGAUUUUCCAUUAGGUGGUUAUUUCUGUAGCAGUUUCAAAUGUUGUCUAAGGAAAGUUGGUGAUUGCCUAGUGCCAGAGUAUUUGGGGGCAAAUGGAGUGACUGCUAAUGGAUACAGAGAUUAUUUUGGGGUGAUGAGCAUGUUCUGAAAUUGAUCAUGGUGAUAGUUGGCAGUUAUCUAUGAAUAUGCUAUUGAAUUGUACACUUCAAAUGGGUGAGUUGUAUAGUAUAUGGAUUAACCUCAAUAAAGUGGUAUUAAAAAUGUCAGUUGGGCAUUGGUGGUGACAUACCAGUAAUCCCAGCUACUCAGGAGGCUGAGGCAGGAGGAUGCCAAGUUGGAGGCCAGCCUCAGCAACUUAGUGAGACCCUGUCUCAAAAUCAAAAGGGCUGGUGAUGUAACUCAGUGGUAGUACACUUGCCUAGUAUGUGUGAGGCCCUGGGUUCAAUUCCCAGUACCAAAACCAAAAGAGUCAUCUAAAAGCCCUAUUUAGCUUCCUAUAAGUCUCCCAUGAAAAUGAAAAUGAAGACCCAGAAAUAAAGACCAACGUUUACAUCUCCUAAAGCUGUUUGACAGAUGACCUUUUAAUGGACUCUUGGUUCUGUUCCACUAACUAGAAGGGCAGAAGAAUUGGAGGUGGAGAGUGGUGGAUUGUCUGACUUCCUCUGGUGAAGCUGAGUGAUACCACUCUGUCCUUUCCCCAGACAGCCAGGGUUGGUAUCAACCAGAAGACUGGCAGCUCUUUUGCUCUUGGGCCAAGGCUACUUUCUCUGUCUCAUGCAGAGGCAAAGCCCCUCAAGUGGGAGUGUGUGUACCUGUAGGGGCAGGCAAUUGAUGGCUGUUACUAUGUCCCCAGAGAAACAACUGCCAGUCAGGAAGCACGGGGACUGGCUGAAUGCCCAAGCCUGGUGAAGGGAGAUUUGGUUUCUCAGCCUGGCAGAGCCACAGUGCACAGACGUCUACCACACCUGGAAAAAGGCUUUUCCCUGCAUGUAGGGGGUAUGGACACGGUGCAUGGCUGUGUGUCCACCCUAAAAAAGCAUUGCUGAACAAGUAGUAUACAGAAUACCAAAGCCAAAGCAAAAACAACACAAGGAGAAAGGGUGCUAUGAGCAAGGAAGGUGUCAUGAGAAAAAACUGAAGAUGCUGGUGUCAUGGGACACUUAUGACAGAACGAAUGAACUUAAGUUUAAAGGAGAAAAAAAGGUUUGGAAACACCUGCAGAGAAUAGGAAACUAUAGAAAGCAACAAAUCAAGGGCUGGGGAUGUAGCUCAGUUGGUAGAGUGCUUGCCUCGAAUGCACAAGGCCCUGGGUUCAAUCCCAGCAACCGCAAAAAAAAAAAAAAAAAAAAAAAAAAAAGCAACAAAUCCAAGGUGUUAAAUCUGCAUUGGAAACUGUCACUGUGAACUCAUUUUAUUUUAUCUUUCUAAAAAAUAUAGAUUUCCUUUCUUUAUCUCCUGAAAUGGCCUGGAAGCAAUGAUAUAACCCCAUAGCAAGUGGCAUCAGACUGUGGUCUUGAAGUGUUCCCACUGAGGGGAACCAGGGCUCUCUGGAGUAAUGGCUUAUUUCAAGUAUGAGGUGCUCAUAGUAAACCUGAGACAUCCUCUUAGAAAGGUAAACUAUCAAAGACCUUGGGGUUUUUUCAGGAGGAUUCAGCUAAAUUUGUCACUGGAGGGUGUGAGAACAAUCUGACUGUGACAUCUGUCAUCCCAUGAUCUCCAGGGUUGAUUCGGCUGAUCUAGCUGCCUAGGUGGGUGUUCCUCUUUCCCAUUUUUCCAUGUGCAUCCCUCCUGAAGCUGUGUGCUCAAAGAGGAUGACCUACCCUUGUUCUUCACUCAAGGGUAUGCAAAUAGAUGUGCUUCCCUGCUAGAACCUCCAAACAAGCUCUCAAAAUUGCUUCUGGAUAAGCAUAUGGGAGCACCAAAAUAAUAAUGGAUCUUCCUGCCAGUUUUCCUUCUUGUCCCUCCUGCCUCCACCCCUCACUCCUGUCCUCCUCAUCUUCCAAAAACCCUUGAGCCUGAGGGUCUCAGGUGAGGGCACUGUGAGAGAAUGAUCCUCCAUUGAGUGCAGUAGUGUCCUAUGUAAGAAAGAUAUUUUGUACCAGGGAUUGAACCCAGAGGUGCUUAACCACUGCGCUACAUCCCUAGCCCUUUUUAUUUAUUUAUUUUGAGACAGGAUCAAUCAGUGCUGAGUCUGGCCUGGAACUUGUGAUCUUCCUGCCUCAGCCUUUUGAGCUCCUGGGAUACAAGUGUGUGCCACUAUUCAUGGCACAGGUUGCUUUUUUAGAGUAUUUUAUUAAUAUGUUGAUAACAGAAUGACAAAAUUGAGAAUAAUUGAGAAUUGUAUCCAGCAAGGUUUUUUUUUUUUU